UAAUCUCAGCUAGUUAGACUAUAAUACCAGCAUGAUUGAUAGUAUUUAUCUGAAAUGUAAAGUUGUGAACUCUGUUUGUUCUUUUACACAGGUUAUAAUAAGAAAUGGAGCCAACUGAAUCAGUUGUAGAAAGAGGUGCAGGAAGGAAUAAAAGGAAAUGGACAGAUUUUGAAGAUGAAAAAUUAGUUGAAUCGCUGAUUGAGCUUAUGAAUUCUGGAAAUUUUAAAGCUGACAAUGGGUUUAAACCUGGAUAUUUGACCUUUCUUGAGACUUCAUUGCAAACAAAACUUCCCGAAGCAGGUUUGAAGGGAAAGCCUCACAUAGAAUCCCGGAUUAAGACACUAAAAAAGGAUUUUACUGCAGUUUAUGAUCUCCGAUAUGGUGCUAACAGUUCAGGAUUUGGAUGGAACUCAGAAAACCAUGUUGUUACAGCUCCAAGGGACGUGUGGCUUCAAUAUCUUAAGGUUCACCCAGGAGCAUCUAAAUGGCAGACUACAGCUAUGCCAUGGUUCACAGAACUCUGUACUAUUUUUGGAAAAGAUAGAGCAACCGGAAAUCUAGCAGAAAAUCUUGCUGAUGUUGUGGAAGAACUUAAUACUGAGGCUGCAGAUGAACUAUCAGUCCAGGAAGCUCAACCAGUCACACAUUCUGACGAGUCAACAAGCAUGAAGAAAAGAAAAAGAGGAAAUGCAGAUGCAUUGUUAGAGGCUGUCUAUGCUGCUUCAGACAGGCUCGCAAAUCAGUUUGAGGCUUCCACUAAACUCCUCAUCGCAGCUGAAGAAGAUAUGCGGGAGAAAAAGAAACAACUCAAUCAAGAACUUUCAAAGAUUCCAGAACUCGAAGUGCUCCAGAAACUUCAAGUUGCAAAGAGAAUAGCCAAUGAUGAAGACUUGAUGAUACUAUUUUUUGAAGCACCAGCAGCGGAAAAAAUUGUUUUGGUGAAUGCUAUUCUAAACAAGGAGAUUUGAGACCAUAUUUUGUUUAUGUCCUUCCUGCACUUUUUAUUAACAUUUGACACAUUUCACCAACUGUAUUUGGUAACUAUUUGGUAACUCCAUGUAUGUGGUAACUCUA